UUGUUACAGUUAACCGGACGGGGCGCUUCUACUGCGUCUUGGGCAAAAUUGGCGAUAUGUUCAAAAUGUAAACAUUUAGGUUGUACUGCAUACGAAUUUUGUAUGCGACCUCUGCGAUUUAAAAAUAGUAAAAUAACAAUAAUAAUAAUGAUAAUAUUAGUAGUAGUAGCAAUAAUAAUAAUAAUAAUAGAAAAGCUCGAACGGCUAGGCAUUUUGUCAAUUCAGGCUUUAAUUCUUUGAUAAAAUAUUUUGAACUGAUUCAUUUUCGGCCCUGAGAAAGAAAUGUGGCAUGUUCACUUUUAGAGACAUCGAGAGAAAAAAAGAGUUAAUGAUGGGGUCCGACAAAAUGUCUUAAUGCAGCAUCCACGCCUGGGACGGGGUACCUCGUGCUAACGUUAUCUACCCUCGUCCCGCCCGUCUUAAGCCCCGCCCUCUCUCCAUACAUGUCCCCGCCCCUUUCGCUCUGUCAAUAAAAUCCAUUCGUCAAAUGAGAGUGUUCAAGAACUGCAAAUGGAUGGUGCUGCUAUUUUUAGAAACCGAGGAUGGGUGGGGGACAGAGGGAGAGCGUUAGCGCGAGAGCUCCAGGGCUGAUGAGAGGUAGCCCCGCUUCUGUAACGGUCGUCAGCCAGGGACUGGUAUUCGGCGAUACAGACAACUGUAAGAUCGUCGCUCGAUACAGCUAAAAAAAUAUAUAUUUAUUUUUUAAAAACCCGGUGCGUUGAGAACGCGCGUCGAGGAGAGGAAGAGAAGGGUACACACGUGCAGACAUGCGUCCGCGGUCCAGGCUCCUGGCCAAGAAGCGCCUGCCCACCAUCCGGGAGGGGCACGAGGAGCUGCUGCAGGACAUGAACCAGGCCAACAGCUGCCACGCCCCGCGGCGCGGCCUGUCCUCCGAGGACUACCUGCUGUCCAUCUGCCAGCUGGCCCGGCCCGCCUUCCCGCUGCGCGAGCCGGACCGCGACAUCCUGACCCUGGGCCAGCUGGAGGCCCUGAAGCCCGGCCGGAGGCCCCCCCGCCUCCCCGCGCCCCCCCGACCCCUGACCCCCACCACCCGCAGCGGCGGCGGCGGCGGCGGAGGCUACCGGGAGGAGGAGGAGGAGGAAGAGAGGGCGGAGUCGCACGCGCUCCCCGGGGGCGUGGCGGCGAGUCAAAGCCGCGGCCGUGGCAACAGUUGCCGGGCGACCCCCGACCCCCUUGAGGUCCUGUAUGGGGGUCGCCGGGACGGCCCCGCCUCGUCCACCUGCGUCGCCCGGGACACGGAGGGGAGGCUGAGCGAGGGCGCCGUACCCGAGAAGAGAGGAGCCAGGGGUCCGGGGUCCCGCCCCCUGCCUCGGUCCCAGAGCUUCCCCCGCCUCUGCUCCCCACCCCACGCCCACCGUAAAAGCAGCUGCCCUGAGAUCCAGUUGGCGGACAUGCCCGGCCCCGCCCCUUCAGGCGACCAGCCAACGGGGGGAAGCCCAGGGAAGAAGCCCAGCAUCACCACACUGUCCACUGAGGGUGACCAGGAGAUGACGGGCAGGUGCUCCCCUACUGGACAGAGAGAGAACUGCAGCGGCCCAGCAGACAAACAGUCGAUGAUCUCCAGCUGGAUCGCGGACUGUCGCAAUGCGUGGCAUGAGGCCCGGAUGAGAGCCUGCAUGCUGCCUACCAUCGCUGAGAUAUAAACACACACACACGCUCGCACAUGCACAUGCACACAUUUACACGCAGGCACAUGCACACACUUACACACAGGCACGUGCACAUACACACACUCACGCACGCUCACACGUGCACAUACACACGCUCACGUGCACACACACACACACACGUGCACACACAUACACACACACACACACACGCUCAAACACACAGACAGAGACGCGCUCACACACACACGCAUGCAAGCAAGAGUGAAAUUACAUUCCAUAGCAAACAUGUUGCUGAUUUUACUAAUUAAAUGUAAUAUAAUAUUCUGAGUAUAAAACUGUGCUCUAUGCUACACUGUACAUAAUUACUGCACACACUUAUUACAGCAGAGAUCUACCUUCCGUGCUUGAAUGUAGGUAGAUACAGUAAAUAACAAUGUUAAUUUCAUUUUCUGGUGUCUUAGGUUGAAACUAACAUUAUCCCUGCCUGUGGAGAGCACUUAACGUUUUCUUAGAACUGAGGUAAAAAUCUCAUCAGCUGAAAAGCAGACUUCGGAGUGUUACGUGUAUGCAAAACGAUAGUUUGAGGUGGCAUUUGUGGCAUUUGUGACACAAACCUCAACUUUGACUUGAUGUAAUUUCUGUUUGUAUUUUUAGCUUUCUGUUUGACAAAGCCUUGCUAUCCAGGGCGUUUCAAGUGCAGCACUGUUAAUCUCAUAGGGGCCAGCAGUCAGAAAGGCGUAUUGGCCUAUGAGUUGAAGGCAGCUAUUGGGACUAAGGGAAUAUCGAAUAUUUCUGUGCAUCUCAUCGUGGCCAAUUAUGGAGCUUCAGAAACCUUGCAAAGGAUUAUGGGAGAUUUAUAUGUAUACUUUUUUAACGACAAGAGGGAAGGAAGCUCGGAAGUAUUACUGCUGAGGUUCCACCAAACGGGGUUGAAGUGGGGGGGGGGGGGGGGGGGGGGGGGGCAGGAGAUUGUUCUUCACGACAAGGGGGAAUUGGACGGAACAGACGCCUUCCUCAGGCUACCUUUCCCCUGCUCCAAUCCGACUCGGGCAGAAUGGGGCAAAGCAAGGCGCCACAUUCAUUUAGACUUCUUCACUCCCCCCAGUAGAGCAUGAAUGUAAAAUAUUAGGUGUUGUACUCAAUGUGACUUGUAAAGAAUACUGAGGGCUGUGUUUCAAACAUACGCUUAAAUUAAGGCUGGGGAAGGGCCACCGUGCAGUAGGCCCUCCGGACCUGCAGGGGUCAGUAUGGUUCUGUGGAGGGUCUUUCCUUUGUGAUUUAAAAUGUGUGUAAGACAAUGAAUCCAUAUUUCAGGGUCAGCAUCUCAUUCGCCAGUUCAGGGGGGUAUUUCACGAAGCAGGGUUACUGAGUUAGCUGUAUGACAGCACUGAGUAAAACCUGGAACUGUCCCGUAAUCUGGACCAUGAACUGAAGUGAAGAAGAGCUCUUCUGGGUUUUACUCAGCGCAGCUUUCCAGCUAAUUUAGUAAACCGUCUUUGUGAAAUACCCCCCCAGUUCUCUGGACUGUAUCUUUGUGUAUUAUUAUUAUUAUUAUUACCUUGGGAUCAUGUAAGUAUUUCUGAGUUGAACUAUCUUGCCUCUGGUGUGCAUUUGCACAUGUUGUAUAUAAAAGACAACACAUGUAAUGGCAGAAAACUGUGAUGAAUUUAGUAUUUUACGGUGAUCUGAUACUCUGAAUGUUUUUGUACCUCUGUCCACCAUUGGUUAAUGACUUAAUAAACUCUGUUUUUUAUGUUG